CUUAGAAGAUACCAAACAAAGGUUUUGAAGUCAUGGAGUGGCCCCUUGUUUGCUUUAUCAUCUUCUUCUUACCAGCUCUACUCGUCUUCCUCCGCCGAAGAAAGUCCAGCCUUAACCGCCGGCUUCCUCCAGGGCCACCGGGAUGGCCAAUAUUCGGCAACAUGUUCGAUCUUGGAGCAAUGCCACACCGCACCCUGGCGGGCCUAAGGCACAAGUACGGCGGCGUUAUAUGGCUAAGAUUUGGGGCCAGAAACUCCAUGGCAAUCCUCUCGGUGAAAGCAGCCACCGAGUUCUUCAAGCACCACGACCUCUCUUUCGCCGAGCGCACCGUCACCGAGACCAUGCGCGCCCACGACUACCACCAGGGCUCCUUAGCGCUCGCACCUUACGGUUCCUAUUGGCGCGUGCUCAGGCGCCUUGUAACGGUCGACAUGUUAGUCGCCAAGCGAGUGAACGACUCGGCGGACAUACGUAGGAGAUGCGUGGACAACAUGUUGUUGUGGAUCGAGGAAGAGGCGAGGAAACUUGACGCGCCCUCGCGUGGAGUUCACGUGGCAAGGUUCGUAUUCCUCAUGACGUUCAAUCUGCUCGGGAACCUCAUGCUUUCACGUGACUUGGGGGAUCCACAGUCGAAGGAGGGGUCGGAGUUUUUUACGGCGAUGAUGGGGCUGAUGGAGUGGUCUGGGCAUGCGAACAUGGCGGACUUUUUUCCAUGGCUGCGGUGGCUGGACCCGCAGGGGCUGAGGAGGAACAUGGAGAGGGAUCUUGGGAAAGCUAUGGAGAUUGCAUCCAAGUUUGUGAAGGAACGGAUUAAGGAUAGGCAGGCCGGAGGAGAGAAGAGGAAGGACUUCUUGGAUGUGUUGCUUGAGUUUGAAGGCAAUGGAAAAGAUGAGCCGACCAAAAUUUCUGACAGAGACGUAAAUAUUUUUAUAUUGGAAAUGUUCUUGGCUGGUUCAGAAACAACAAGCAGCACUAUUGAGUGGGCAUUGACAGAGCUCCUAUGCAAUCCCGAGUCGAUGGUGAAGGUCAAAACCGAGCUCGCGCGAGUAGUCGGACAAAAGCAAAAGGUUGAAGAGAGCGACAUUGACAGCCUCCCAUACUUGCAGGCAGUAAUCAAGGAAACACUGCGAUUACAUCCUCCAAUUCCAUUCCUAGUCCCACGAAGGGCAAUGGAAGACACCAAUUUCAUGGGAUUUCACAUACCCAAAAACACACAGGUUCUUGUGAAUGCUUGGGCAAUUGGAAGAGACCCAGAUGUCUGGGAAGACCCUUUGUCUUUUAAGCCCGACAGGUUUAUAGACACAAACGUUGAGUAUAAGGGGCAACAUUAUGAGCUGAUCCCAUUUGGGGCUGGGAGAAGAAUGUGUGCAGGCGUGCCUUUGGCUCAUAGAGUUCUUCACCUUAUUUUGGGCUCUUUGCUUCACAAAUUUGAUUGGGAACUCGAUGGUAGUGUGACUCGGGAGACGAUGGACAUGAAGGACAACUUGGGUGUAACAGUGCGGAAGUCAGAACCAUUGCUGGCAGUGCCUAAAAAAUGUAUUGUAUUAGACUCGGAAGAAUGAGAACCACUUUGUUUCUAAACAAAGUUGUUUGUCUGUAAUCAAGAUUUGAUCUGAUUACCUUUUCUAUCAUGUCUCACCCACCAUAUUUUUCUUAUAAAUACAUGAGAAAUAUUUAGUUUUA